GACUAAACCAGAUGAUUACUCUCACCAAACACCAAAAGCCAACGCAAGAAAUCCCACAGAUGAAGCUGAUCUAUAAAUGCCCCAAAACUGCAUGGCAGCUAUGCAUUAGAGACAGAGACAACAAUGGAGAAACAAAAUGAGGUUGUGGUGUUUGGGACAUGGGCCAGCGCCUACUGCACGAGAGUUGAGAUAGCCCUUGCACUCAAGGGCAUACCUUAUGAGUACAAAGAGGAAGAUCUGACAAAUAAGAGUGAGUCGCUUUUGUACUACAAUCCUGUUCACAAGAAGGUACCUGUUCUUGUUCAUAAUGGGAAAUCCAUUGCCGAGUCACUUGUUAUUCUCGAGUACAUCGAUGAUUGCUGGAAACACGCACCAAAACUACUGCCAGAGGAUCCUUACCUGAGGGCCAAACUUCGCUUUUGGGCCAACUUCUAUGAUCAGAAGUUUAUGGCAAGUGCCACACAGAUCAUCAUGUCAAGAGGCGAAGAGAGAGAACGAGCGAUCAAAGAUUUCGGCGAGGUGCUUAAGGUGUUUGAGGAUGGAGUCAAAAAGGAUAUUCCUGCAGAAUUUCCUUGUUUUGACGGCAAGAACUUGGGGUUUCUCGAUAUUGUUGUGGGCACGAUUGCUUGCAACUACGAAGCUUUUCAUGAAGCGGUAGCAGUGAUUUUCAGCCCUGAAACGAACCCAACAUUUUGGUCGUGGGUAACUGCUCUGAAGAACCACCCAUUGAUGAAAGAGAUGCUCCCACCUCAUGACAAGUUGGUUGCCGUGAUGAGACAAAAGUAUUUCCAGUCUGCUUGAGUUUGAUCCUUGUGCUGCCUUUCAGAAAUCUUAUUGAAUGAGCCAAGAUUUGUGUUCUUUGGUACUAUCGACUAAUGGCCUAUAAAUAAUGUCGUUUCGAUUGGCAUCCUUACCUUUUUUUUUUAUUUAGAAAAAAAUGGUGUGUAUUAGAUGCUAAAAGAGUAAUACUAAAUAUAAGUCGGAUUGGUUACAUUUUA